AUGAAUCUGAGUGGGAAUAAACUAGGAGACUCAGGAGUGAAACACAUCUGCACCCUACUGAAAAAUCCAAACUGUAAACUCCAGAAACUGCUACUUUCUGACUGUGGUAUAACAGGUGAAGGAUAUGCAGCACUGACUUCAGCUCUUAAAUCAAACCCCUCACACCUGAUAGAGCUGGAUCUGAGAGGGAACGACCCUGGAGACUCAGGAGUGAAGCUGGUCACUGAUUUACUAGAUUUACUUAAUAAUACCGAGUGUAAACUGAAGACACUGAGGUUGUUGAAGAGUGAUGCAGAGAAAGCCUGUGAUUAUCUGACUGAGGCUCUAGGUAAAAACCCCUUACUCCUGACAGAGCUGGAUCUGAGUGAGAAGAAACCAGGAGACUCAGGAGUGAAGCAGUUCUGUGCUCUUCUGGAGGAUUCACACUGCAAACUGCAGAAACUUAAGCUUAAUGACAGCAGUAUAACAGAAGAAGGCUGUGAUGCUCUGACUUCAGCUCUGACAUCAAACCCCUCACACCUGAUAGAGCUGAAUCUGAGUGGGAAUAAACUAGGAGACUCAGGAGUGAAGCACAUCUCUGCUCUACUCAGGAAUGCACACUGCAAACUCCAGAGACUGCUACUUUCUGACUGUGGUAUAACAGGUGAAGGAUAUGCAGCUCUGGCUUCAGCUCUUAAAUCAAACCCCUCACACCUGAUAGAGCUGGAUCUGAGAGGGAAUGACCCUGGAGACUCGGGAGUGAAGCUGGUCACUGAUUUACUAAAUUUACUUAGUAAUAUCGAGUGUAAACUGAAGACACUGAGGCUUGAAAACAACAGUGUGACAGAACAAGGCUGUGUCGCUCUUGCGUCAGCUCUGACAUCAAACCCCUCACACCUGACAGAGAUGAAUCUGAGUGGGAAUAAACUAGGAGACUCAGGAGUGAAACACAUCUGCACCCUACUGAAAAAUCCAAACUGUAAACGACAGAAACUGCUACUUAAUAACAGCAAUGUAACAGAAGAAGGCUGUGCUGCUCUGACUUCAGCUCUGACAUCAAACCCCUCACACCUGAUAGAGCUGAAUCUGAGUGGGAAUAAACUAGGAGACUCAGGAGUGAAACACAUCUCUGCUCUACUGAGGAAUCCAAACUGUAAACUCCAGAGACUGCUGCUUAAUGACAGCAAUAUAACAGAAGAAGGCUGUGCUGCUCUGACUUCAGCUCUGACAUCAAACCCCUCACACCUGAUAGAGCUGAAUCUGAGUGGGAAUAAACUAGGAGACUCAGGAGUGAAGCACAUCUCUGCAUUACUGGAGAAUUCAAACUGUAAAGUACAGAGACUGCUACUUUCUGACUGUGGAAUAACAGGAGAUGGAUGUGCUGUUCUGGCCUCAGCUCUGAGAUCAAACCCCUCACACCUGACAGAGCUGAAUCUGAGAGGGAAUAAACUAGGAGAUUCAGGAGUGAAGCACAUCUCUGAUAUGCUGCAGAAUUCAAACUGUAAACUACAGAAACUGCUGCUUGAAAACAACAGUGUGACAGAACAAGGCUGUGUCGCUCUUGCUUCAGCUCUGAGAUCAAACCCCUCACACCUGACAGAGAUGAAUCUGAGUGGGAAUAAACCAGGAGACUCAGGAGUGAAGCACAUCUGCACCCUACUGAAAAAUCCAAACUGUAAACUCCAGAAACUGCUGUUGUUGAAGAGUGAUGCUGCAGAGAAAGCCGAUGUUUAUCUGACUGAAGUUCUAGGUAAAAACCCCUUACUCCUGACAGAGCUGGAUCUGAUGUACUGA